AUGCCUGCCAUUAAACGCAAAUCGGACGCCAUGGAUGCUACACCUACGGGCAGUCCUACCAAAAAGAUGCGCUUGACACAAAACCAGAAGCAGGCACUGAUUGACAAUUUACAACUUGAAAUUACUGAGAGGGCACGCAAACUUCGUGCUCAGUAUGCCCUUCAAGCAAAUGACCUUCGGGCGCGCAUUGAGCGACGCGUCAACCGAAUCCCAGUUUCGUUACGCAAGGCCAACAUUGGCGAGCUGCUCGAAAAACACAAUGCUGCCAUGAACAAACAGCUCACUGCAUCGCCUUCCAGAAAAUACUCGCCCGCUAAGACGUCGCGUAAUAUCGCAGGCAUUUCCGUAGAUCCAGAGACUAGAACCCGUGGGGCAAGUCAUGAUCCCCACUUCUCCGAUAAAGAAAAUGCCCCUGCUGGUGGUGAGCCCGAAGGGAUCAAGAACCCCAAGCGCCGGGUUAAGCCAGCCGCACCCGGCGGGGCCUCGCGCGUGGUUUCCCAGGAAGUACGGGGCAAUGAGAACCGGAUCCUAUCUCCCAAGUCUAACAAUUCUCGCACCUAUCCCCAAUCGCCUUUCCGUGCAUCUCCCGAAAAGGGCCAACCCACAUAUCUGUCGCGUCCUACAUCUCCCCUAAAGCCAUCGAGUCCGCUGCGAUCGCGGGGUGCCACCGUGUCUUCGGUAAAAGAUCAACGACCCCCUUCACAGCUUCAGAGGACAGCCAACCGUUCCGCUACAGGACCCAAGACUACUAGAUCACCUUUGUCGCGUCCAGGGACCCGACAGGGCGAGCGCAAGAACAGCACCGGCUCCACAGCAUCUUCAGGCACAACAGUGACCAAAUCCGCGCGGACUGGUACUGGUGCAAGAAAGGCGACAACCGCCCCUGCUGCGGCGGCCGCUAGGAAGCCCGCUCCGCGCAUGCAGGUCGCAUCAGUGGCUGUCAAAAAGUCGGCCACUAAUGCAGCGAUGCGCAAGGCUACCGCUCCAACAGCGGCUGAAACAACAACCCGGACUCGGGCGCUGCGCAAGCGCAUCUAA